GCAACAUCGAAUGUCGAUUCAGUAAAUUAAAAUAGUUCGCUUCGAGUCGUGUUAAGGAGAGGUUGUGUGCUUCACGUUCCAAACUUUUUACGUUAACAUUGUUUUGAUUUGCGUGACUGAUAAUGACACUUCGGAUUAAUUUACGUUCGGUUUUAUGAUGUAUCGGAUUGUUUGUGUUCUGUUGUUCUCCUGGUUGGUGAGAGGUGACCAGGAGUCAGAAGGUGGCAAGUGCGAGAGGAUUACGUUAUCACAAUGUCAGGACCUUGGGUACAACUGGACUGCCAUGCCAAACCUCAUGGGGCAUCGGGAUCAGAAGGAAGCUGAAGAAUCUGUAUCGCUGUUUGCUGGGAUUCUCAAGAGCGAAUGCUCUGUGCACGCUCGCUUUCUGCUAUGUUCGGCGUUCGCCCCGCUCUGCUCGGAGCAAGUCUCGGGCACUAUCAGCGCGUGCAGAACUGUCUGCGAGAAAGUAGUAGAGGAUUGCAAGGAACAGAUUAAACUCCUUCCGCCAACUGUUUCUCUAGAUUGUUCUGCAUUCCCUCUCCGACCGGACAGGAGAUUGUGCAUGAGACCACCAAACGCGAGCGAGUUAGAACAGGAACCGCCGCCACCACCGCACUGGCCUUUCCACGAGCACGACAUCAGAGAGCACAGCUGUCCGCCCGCUCACACCCGCGCUCCGACGGGGGAGUGCUGGCCGACUUGCGGGCAGAACGCAAGGUACACGCAGAGUGAGAAGAGAUCGGCGGAAAUAUGGAUGAGCACGCUAGCCUGGUUCUCUUUGCUGUCGACGUCGUUCGCGCUGCUGACGUUCUGCGCGGAGCCGUCGCGGUACCGCUACCCCGAGCGGCCGGUGGUCUGGAUGGCCACGUGUCACGCCAUCGUCGCACUGGCGCACGUGACUCGCGGCUGGCUCGGAGCGCGCCUGCUGUCCUGCUCGGGCUCCACGCUCGCCGUCGACGGCCUGGCCUCGCCGACCUGCGUCGCCUUCUUCUCACUAACGUACUACUUCACUCUGGCCGCGGACGCCUGGUUCGCGAACGCUUGUGUUGCCUGGUACCUGACAGCUGCGAGCGAAUGGUCUACUGAAGCGUUGGAACGCGCGGCGGCCUAUCUACAUGCAGUGGCGUGGGGUUGGGCCGGCGCCUGGACUGCAGCAGCCCUCGCGCUGCGGAGAGUGACCGCUGAUGAGCUGAUUGGAACAUGUGGAGUGUCCGACGCCGCGGCUGCAGCGCUGAUUGGUGUACCCCGAGGAGCUUUACUUGUGACUUCAGUAGCUCUCGCUCUCGGCGCCUGUCCAGGAAUAAUGCGUGUGCGCCGAGCUCUGGACUCACGCGGAGCAAAGCGAGUCGGCAGACUGGCGAUACGAGCCGCGACUGCGGGACUGCUGUACCUACUUUUGGCUGCGGUUGCGACUGGAAUGAAAGUGAUUGAAGCUCGGAAUAGGGAGACGCAGACCAAGUUAGCGUUGUUUGCUGCUCUAGAGUCUGGUGACGUGGAAGUGACUGUAGGUGCUAGUGGAGUGUCAGUGUGUCUGUGGUUGUCGUGUGGGAUAGCGGCGGGCGCCUGGGCGUGGUCCAGGAAGUCAGCAAUCGUGUGGAAGAAGGCACUCUGCCCCCCACGGAAGGCGCCCUGCUGCGGCCCACCCUUACUCAGGACUAAUCAUCCUUAUUAUAAAAGACCACUUCAUGUCUCCAGAGUGUAAACGUAAAAGUAUUGAUAGGACCUUGUGCUGAGAAAAAACUUUUCCAUACAUAAUGUAUUGUGUUGGAUUUGAGGUUAUACCUCAAUAGGAAGUGACGAUUUAAGUUAGGAAGAUAAUGUGGUAAAGCACGGAACGCUCCUCAGAUGUUUGUAUAUAUAACUUAGAAGUUAAGUUACGUCUCAAAGACUUUAGAUUUAAGUUGCCUUCUGUGAAGGUGUUCUCGAUACGUGUUUUUCUGUACAUAUUGUAUAUAAAAAUAUACUGUUGAUUUUUAAUGA